AUGGCGUCUCACACGGCGCCGCCCGAGGUCAUCGACCUGGAGAACGCGGAUUUCACCAAUCCGCGGGCUUCGGAGACACCCUCCAACCUAAAAAACCGCUCAAAAAGAAGACAGCAUACCUUCACCAACGAGGUACCUCCAGUCUUCACACUGGGAAACAAAGCAACAACCAACACCACCAACCCAGCAAUGGAGGCCUUCAAAACCAAACUUGCCGAGUACAAACACACUGAAAGAAUUCAGCGAAAGGUCAUGAUCAGCCUGGUAGAUACAAUUGACAGAUACGUCAAUUUCUUCGCCGCGGGGGAUGAACGAACUGCAGCCAGGAAACUGAGCACCAGAGUCGUAGAAAUCCUCACACUCUUCAUCAACAACAGAUCCGACCCAGAGUCGAGCCCAUCGUACACACCACCGGCAACAAGAAGCGCAGCUUCUUUGAAGAUACACACUACUACCAAAACCUACACGGGGAUCCUCAAGACCCCCAAAACAAGUCAAAACGGGGCGGGCCAAGCAGACCCACCCACACCUCAAGAGGCCCCAUCAAAGGCCCCACUCAACAAUGUACACGCCAAACAACGGGCGACACGAACUGCCCGGAGCACGGACCAUAGGCUACUAAUAGCUAUCAGCCCUGCAGCCCGGAUCAGCAGACCAGCCCCAUACACACUAAGAAGUGCUCUCGUUGGGGCAAUCACGGGCCUGACAUUUGCGGAUGUCCCCACCAUAUCUGCUACUAAGACAAGAUGGGCCAUCACACCAAAGAAUCCAGCAACCCAAGAACUACUCCUUACACAGGAGAACAAGGAGAUUAUCCUUCGAAUCAGCCGAGACAUGCAAGUGUACCAAUCGAUAACGUGGUACAACUACGCAGUCCCCGGAGUCCCAGCGUCGAUAUGCACACUGGAUGGACUCCCAGCCGACACUGCGAGUCACGUGGAAACGGAGGUUCAGGCACAGACGGGCCAAACCCCAGUCAGCUGCAGACCCUCACGCCACGGGGCCAACCCCCACAAUGGCACAAUCACAUGGGUGGUAUCCUUCCUGGAACCAGUCCGCGGCUUCAGGCUCUUUAACGCUAGCGAACUAGUACGAGAGAUCAAGGCAAAGCCCACGAUAACUCGACAUAACACCGGCUGCCAAGGCUGGUGCAACCCAACAAGAUGCACCAGGCUCACCCGCUGUGCAAACUGUGGGGUUCGAAAAGACGCACACGAAGGCUCACAAGGACCCAACUGUACAGCAAAAGCACGAUGUGCUAACUGCUUCGGACCCUUUGCGGCAGGACACCAGAACUGCCCAGCGGCGCCCAAAGUAGUGGAUGGUAAAGUCACGGCACCUACCAAACCACAACUUAAAGCCAUACGAAAACCGGCUCUGGCAAUGGAAGCGGCAACGCUCGCCAAUCAAAAGUCAAAGGACGACCCCAAAGACGGGCUUACCCCAGACAUAGCCACACCCACACCCACACCCAUUCCAACGACAAAACGCCGGGGAGAACAGAUCACCGCCUACGAAAUAAGCGGGGUCAGCCCAACCACAACACAGCUCAAGAGAGGCAUGGCAGCAACAAGCCGAUCGAGACGGAAACCCUCGGUAAACACGAACCUCAACGAGGAGGUCCUAGCCAAUGGCCAACAGGACAUCGAAAUGGGAGAAAACCCCUAA